AUGCAUUGCGUCGCACCGCCACUGCAGAGUAGGGCGGGCUAUGCCGCAAGCAUUGGCUCAAAUGCUGGGGAUGCAGUGGCCCAGAAGGCAUGUACUAGCACCUACUGCUACAAUAGUUCGGCCCGGGACACCUGUGGGGCUGGAUAUGCUUCGUGCGUCAACGCAAGCCCUAAUGAUAUCUCGGCUCAGGAGGCAUGCGCAACCCUUUGGUUUUAG